UUCUUUUCUCGUUAUUUUUUGCUUGGCAUUGGUUUGGCGUUAAGAAAGCAGCAAUUAAAAUAAUCAAAUUAGUAGCUGACAGUGUGUGGCCAUGGCAGCAGUAGUGAACUACUGCAAGCCUUCGCCAUUUCUCGGCCAGUUCCCAUCUCUCUCUGGAAAAUCACCAUCCAGACAAAGAGUCAGUAAUUCAUUCCAGGUGCGCAAAAUUAGUGCAUUAUUCUGGGGUUCAAAGAAGUCUGCUCAGCCAAGAGUAUCAGAUUUUUCAGUAGAGGAAUUCACUUUAACAGGGUCAGGCUCAGAGGGAGGCUCAGAAAACCAAGUGAUACCAAAAACGAUAUCAAUUUCUGUGAUUUCUUCCAUCUCUGAGGUCUCGCCAAAUGAUUGGGAUGCCUGCUAUAUGGAUGCUACAGGCCCUGAAAAACUGAAUCCAUUUCUUUCCCAUGGUUUUCUUUCAAGCUUAGAAGAGUCGGGCUGCGCAGUGAAGGAAACCGGAUGGAUGCCCAGCCACAUUGUUGCUAAGGAUGAAUAUGAUAAUAUUUUAGGUGUCGUGCCACUCUAUCUUAAGAGCCAUUCAUAUGGUGAAUUUGUUUUUGAUCAUUCUUGGGCUGAUGCCUAUUACGGCUUUGGAUCAAGAUAUUAUCCAAAGUUCCAAUGCUGUGUACCGUUCACUCCAGUAACUGGUCCUAGGAUUUUAGUCCGAAAUACCUCAUUUAGAGAUCAAGUUUUUGACAUUAUAGUUUCUGCCCUGAAGAAUCUCGCAGUGAAGGCCCAGGUAUCAUCAUUACACAUUACCUUUCCCUCAGAGAAAGAGUGGCACAAACUGAAGGAAGAAGGAUUCCUACAGAGGAUAGGAAUGCAGUACCAUUGGAAAAAUCGUAAUUAUAAGAAUUUUGAUGAGUUCUUGAUGGAUAUGAAGCAAAGUAAAAGGAAAAAUAUUCGUCAAGAGCGGAAAAAGAUUUCAGGACAAAACUUAACUAUGAAGCGGCUCCAGGGUGAUGAAAUAAAGGCUAGACAUUGGGAUUCCUUCUACAACUUCUACAAGAAUACCACUGAUAAUAAGUGGGGCACUCCUUAUCUCACAAGAGAUUUCUUUCACAUCAUGGGAUCAAAGAUGGGAGAUCAAGUAUUGCUUGUCGUUGCUGAAGAAGGGGAUGAACUUGUAGCAGGAGCUCUUAACAUUAUUGGUGGAGACGCCUUGUUCGGGCGUCUAUGGGGAUGUCAUCCAAGAGCCUAUUAUCCUAGCUUGCAUUUUGAAGCAUGCUAUUACCAGGCAAUUGAAGCUGCCAUUGAACUUAAUUUGAGCACAGUUGAAGCAGGAGCUCAAGGUGAGCAUAAAAUUCAGCGCGGUUAUCUACCUGUGACAACUUAUAGCUGCCAUUACCUUAUCGAUGAAGCUUUCAGAAAAGCAAUAGGAGAGUUUCUUGUGCGAGAAUCAUCUCAGGUUCAGCUAGUAAUGAAGCUAAUACAUGAUUCUGGUCCCUUUAAGGAGGGUAUACAUUGAAUUCCACAGCAUUGACUUGCAUGUGAUCUGUGAAUUUCUGCUUUCACAUUGUAUAUAUUUACAAGAACAUCUUUUGCACAUACCUAAUUAGUAAACUAUUCUCAACAAGUGUGCCAUUUAAAAAAAAAAGUCUGAUCAAAUGGAUUAUGAACGUUGUAGAUGCUA